UUCUCCUACGUCAAUGACACAGGGCGGUACUGGAUUGGUUGUGGGAAAAGGAAGGGGCCCCCCUCAUCCGGCUUUACCAGGCUGUGGGUUUAAAAAAGGGGGAAAAGGAAAUCAAACAGUGCUAACCAAGGUUUGUUUUAUGUUUGUUUCGCUGGAACACAUGAGCAGCGGACCACUGCAUGCACGGACUGCGGGGAAGCGAUCGGCCCUAAAGGGGAGCGAACAUCCAUCGGCUGCGCGGCGCAGGCUAGCAGCGGUGCGGCGGCAGCAGCAGCAGCAGCAGCAGGAGGAGGAGGAGGAGGAGGCUGAGGGUCCUGCCUGCACUGUGAGCCAUGGGCUUCCGCAAGAAGAGCAAGAACCCGCCGGUGCUCAGCCACGAGUUUGUGAUCCAGAACCACGCCGAUAUGGUGUCCUGCCUGGCCAUGAUCAUCCUCCUUGGCCUGAUGUUUGAGGUCACAGCAAAGUUUGCCAUCAUGUUCAUCACAGUCCAGUACAACGUCACACAAGUUCUCGACGAAAAGAACGAUCUUGUGAACCUUUACCAGUACGGACCUAAAGAUGUGGCCACUGUAUUUUUUUACCUUCUAAUUGUCGUCAUCCUUCAUGCCCUGAUACAAGAGUAUAUUCUUGAUAAGAUGAACAGAAGGCUGCAUCUGUCAAAGACCAAACACAGCAAAUUCAACGAAUCAGGGCAGCUGGCAGCAUUUUACCUGUUCUCCUUCAUUUGGGGCUGCGGAAUCUUGACAGCGGAGGACUUUGCAAAAAAUCCCACUUUCCUCUGGGAGGGUUACCCACACACUCACAUGGUUUUUCAGGUCAAGUUUUUCUACAUUUGCCAAAUUGCCUAUUGGCUCCAUGCGCUUCCUGAGCUGUAUUUUCAAAAAGUACGCAAGGAGGACAUUCCCCGCCAACUCUACUAUAUUUGCCUUUAUGUUGUUCACAUCACUGGUGCCUACAUCUUAAACCUCCACCGACUCGGUGUGGUCUUGCUGGUCCCUCACUACUUGGUGGAGCUCCUGUUUCACGCCUCACGCCUCUUCUACUUCAGUGAUGAGAACAAGCAGAAAGGUUUCACUCUCUGGGCUUUGCUUUUUGUCAUCACUCGCCUCCUCACUCUCACUCUGUCAGUCUUGACAUUUGGCUUUGGGUUGCCCCGGACAGAAAACCAAGGCUUUUCUCUUGUGGAAGGCAACUUUAAUGUACUCACCAUCAGAAUGGCAUGUUUGGCGGCCAUCUGCUUGACUCAGGCUUGGAUGAUGUGGAAGUUCAUCAAUUUCCAGUUGAAGAAGUGGCGGGAAAACAGCCAGAUGCAGGCCUCAAAGAAGAAGACGGCCAGCCCAAAGAGCAAACCUCAUAAAAGGGAGCUCACGAGAGCCGCAGCUGCCAAUGGAAUCGUGAGGCCGGAUGAUAAAACCUCACCACGGGCGAGAAGAGUUAAAAACUCACAACAACGGCCAAGUUGAGAAAAAGACGGCACGGUGAUACACGUCCACAUUCUGUACACCGCUUAGCACCGCGUCGACUGCGUUCGAAACAAAAUCGCGAGGAAACCCCACAUCGCCGUCUUUUUGGGAUUGAGAUUCCGUCGGUGAGACAAGCUGCGAGUUCUUUACUUGGUUUCUCUGCUAUCGGAGCUUGGCGAGGACAGACUUGGGUCUGACGCUUUAAACUGAACAGAUUUCACUCUUUGGGGGGGGGGGGAGUGUCCUUUUGUGUACAACCAUGUUGCUAUGUUGAGUUGUUUCCCACUGUUCCGACACAUUACGCGUCUUUAAAAUGCAACUUUACACGUAAACUGAACAGGGUUGAUUGGUUGUUUAUUUGUUUGUUUAUUUUCGUUUGGGCCUUAAUUAGUUAAGCUGACCAAACAGGCUGCUGAGUCGUGUCCCAAAAGCCUUUAUUGCACAGCAUGAAAAAAGAAAAAAUCCCUAUUAAUCACUGUGUAUAUUAGUAAUGUUAUUUAGGUCCUGUGUUUAAAGUUGUGCGCUAUUAGGAAUUUAUUGCAAUUAUGAUGGCCAGUGCCUUUGAAAUCCAGCACUGGAUUGAGGCAUAUUUCUCUCGUUUUAUGUAAUCCUCACUCACCCGGUUCUCAGCUUCACCCUACUCACAGGGGUCGGGGGGGGUCCGCACCUGUAAGCUGCGCCAGAACCUUUGAGGCCGUACCGUAUGCAUAGCGUUAAAUUCAACUAUCAGCAUGAUUCGGAUGUUGACCAAGAAGGCUGCGAAUCAGUGUUUUUGUAUGGUAACAUGGUCGAAGCAUGGCAGUUUGGGCACACUGGCGGACGCCUACCUGCGCUAUUGAGUUUGCUACUCUCUCUUUCUCUCUUGCGCUCUCUCUCUUUCUCUCUCUCACACACAGAAGCAUUCAGUGGCCUUUUUACAACCGCUGCAAGAGGGUUAUUUAUUUUUUAUCACAGACUAUUGAUGGUUAUUAUAACCAGCAAACACAGAGGUACAUAGCAACUGUGUUCAGUUAUUCCAAACAAUACAAUCCUUCUUCAAGUGUCCUUAUGAUGUCAGUGGGCCGUAUCACUUGUUCUGCUCGUGUUUUGUUCUGUCUUCUGUCAUCCUCUCUUUUUUUUCAACAUUUCGGGGGAUCAAAGCAUCAGCUGUUCCCCAGCUUACAUCCUGUGGUGCGUUCUGCUUAUUGUAGCUGUGGGUGAAACAACUUGGCCUGAAUUACAGUGAAGAAAAUAAGUAUUUGAACACCCUGCUAUAUUGCAAGUUCUCCCACUUAGAAAUCAUGGAGGGGUCUGAAAUUGUCAUCGUAGGUGCAUGUCCACGGUGAGAGAGAUCAUCUGAAAAGAAAAAUCCAGAAAUCACAAUGUAUAUUUUUUUAACGAUGUAUUUGUGUGAUACAGCUGCAAAUAAGUAUUUGAACAUCUGUCUAUCAGCUACAAUUCUGACCCUCAAAGACCUGUUAGUCCGCCUUUAAAAGUCCACCUCCACUCCAUGUAUUAUCCUGAAUCAGAUGCACGUGUGUGAGGUUGUUAGCUGCAUAAAGACACCUGUCCACUCCAUCCAAUCAGAAAGACUCAAACUUGUAACAUGGCCAAGAACAAAAAGCUGUCCGAAGACACCAGAGACAAAAUUGUACGAGUCCACACAACUGGAAAGUGCUACGGAGAAAUUGCCAAGCAGCUUGGUGAAAAAUGGUCCACUGUCGGAGCAAUCAUUACGAAAUGGAAGAAGCUAACCAUGACAGUCAAUAUCAAUUGGAGUGGAACCCCAUGCAAGAUAUCACCUCGUGUGGUCUCAAUGAUCCUAAGAAAGGUGAGGAAUCAGCCCAGGACUGCACGACAGGGCUUGGUCAAUGACCUGAAAAGAGCCUGGACCGCCGUUUCCAAGGCAACUGUUGGUAAUCCAACAUAAGACGUCAUGGUUUGAAAUCAUGCAUGGCACGGAAGGUUCCCCUGCUUAAACCUGCACAUGUCAAGGCCCGUCUUCUGUUUGCCAAUGACCAUUUGGAUGAUACAGAGGAGUCAUGGGAGAAAGUUUUGUGGUCAGAUGAGACCAGAAUGGAACUUUUUGGUCAUAAUUCCACUCACCGAUUUUGGAGGAAGACGAAUGAUGAGUUCCAUCCCAAGAACACCAUCCCUACUGUGAAGCAUGGGGGUGGUAACAUCAUCCUUUGGGGGUGUUUUUCUGCACAUGGGACAGGACGACUGCACAGUAUUAAGGAGAGGAUGACCGCGGCCAUGUAUUGUGAGAUUUUGGGGAACAACCUCUUUCCCUCAGUCAGAGCAUUGAAGAUGGAUCGUGGCUGGGUCUUUCAACAUGACAAUGACCCGAAUCACACAGCCAGGAAAACCAAGGAGUGGCUCCUUAAAAAGCAUAUCAAGGUUCUGGGGUGGCUUAGGCAGUCUCCAGACCUAAACCCAAUAGAAAACUUUGGAGGGACCUGAAACUCCGUGUUUCUCAGUGACAGCCCAGAAACCUGUCUGAUGCAGAGAAGAUCUGUGUGGAGGAGUGGGCCAAAAUCCCUCCUGCAGUGUGUGCAAACCUGGUGAACAACUACAGGAAACGUUUGACCUCUGUAAUUGCAAACAAAGCCAACUGUACCAAAUAUCAACAUUGGUUUUCUCAGGUGUUUAAAUACUUAUUUGCAGCUGCAUCACAUAAAUAAAUCAUUUUUUAAAAAUCAUACAUUGUGAUUUCUGUAUUUUUGAUUUUAGUUGAUCUCUCUCUCAGUGGACAUGCACCUACGAUGAAAAUUUCAGACCCCUCCCUGAUUUCUAAGUGGGAGAACUUGCAAUAUAGCGGGGUGUUCAAAUACUUAUUUCCUUCACUGUGCGGUGAUGACAUAUCUGUUUGUCUGUAACUUAUCUGUUGAAGAAAAAAAAAAUAUGGCAGCCUGUAUGCAGCGCAUGAAUUGUAAGACCAUGACAAUGAAAUUCUGUCUCAUCUGGUCCCCUUGCAAACUUUAAAGAAAGCCCGUUGGACAUUCCUGCGCGCACAAGACUGAGUUGCAAAAGACGCAGCCGCUAAAUGUUUCUGUGAUUGCACACCCGCAGAUAACCUUCCCUCUUUUUGAGUGCCUGCGAUUGGCGUUUAGCUGCUAGGAGUCACUCAUACGGUCCUGCCUGUUGGACCUUAUCUUUCCCCUCCUGGACCAUCAGAUCUGUGAAGAGAAGGAAUUCUGGGUUUGUUUGGAGUCUCGGUGUAGAAACAAAGCAGGGAAGAAAUGAAAAGUGCCAGUCCAGUUUGCUGCUUUUAGUUCACUUGAUUGGGAAUGGGGCAGUUCACUUGCUCGACGGUGUAUCACAAUGCAAUGAAGCGCAGAGGACUAUCGAAGACAUAAAAGCAGCCUACGCUGUGAGAAGAGUCAGAUUUUAAAAGCUAUUUUUGUAUCGGAGUCGUCAGUUAUCAAGUGUGUGACUAUGUUUUGUGUUCAAGUAGUUAAGUCAAGAAUGAAGCUCGCUAAACUGUUAGUGUGGGUAUGUGUUUCUAUUUUGACCUGAUUCUGCGACCAUGAUCUCACAAAUUACAUAACAUAUUACAACAAAAUUGGGGAAAAUUAAAAUGUGUAAAAAAAAAAAAAAAUUGUUUAAAUGUGUAUUAAUAUGAAGUCAAUUGAUUGCAAUUGAUAAACCAAUAUUUUAUUAAAAUAGUUAUAUUAUUUAAUGAAAAUAAAAACCAAAAGUAAUAAAUGAAAAUAUUUAUUUUAAUUUGUCAUUUUUUUAGGGGGGUGACUAUAACAAUGCAAAUAAAUAUUACAGUUUUGUUAACGCUUGGUGGCACAGAUUCGAGAACAGAGCAGGACGUAUGUGGCCCAUGAGCCAUAAUUUGAACACCCUUCAUUUAGAGGCUUGCUCAUCUCCAGUUUGGCUCUCCGUUAUGUAAUACAAAAAGUGUACAGUAUAUUUGCACAUACGGGGAUGUGGGAUUUGAACCCGGGUCGUCAAAACUGUAAGGUAGAUGUGCUAACCACUUAACCACCAUGCUAAGUAGGGGGGAGGGGUUGCUUUUUUAAGGUUGCAACUGCCUUCGUUUUGAAUAAUUUCAUUUUUGUUUGGAUUUAUGUGGUGAUUGUACAUUUCCUUUUUCAAAUAUGUUUUCUCUGAAAUGGCCUGACGGUAUGUAUGAAUACAGUAUAUAUUUAUGCAAAUUUACGCAUUCUGUCACGUUUUGAAUUUUGUGUUUCAAUAAAGGUUUUUUGCUCCUCA